UGUUUUAUCUGUAAAUAAUAGAAAACUACAAGGUCCGAAAAGAAAAUAAUAAUCUCCGAACAAGUCCCUCCCAUCAUCCCAAUUCCCAUGUGGACUCUUUGAAAUCUAAGGUUUUGCCAUUUGACCACAGAUCUGUGAAUUUUCAAGGGAUUCCAACACAAAAUCCAAUCCGAUGAAUCAGAAACCUCCGCCGUACGGUUAUGGCGGCGCUGGUGGUGGAGGAGGAGUUGGACCUUCUUCCUCUUCCAACACCACUAUCAUCGGGACGUUGAGUGCACGCGCCAAGCAGACGACGCAAUCGAUGAUCACCACGCUCCGUCCAUGGCGAGAGCUUCUCGAUCUGUCUGCGCUAUCUCUCCCUCGUGGAUACGAUGAAGCCAUGGCGCAUCUAAGGCACAACAUCUCUUAUUUCCGUGGAAACUACGCUCUCACCGUCCUCGCCAUUGUUUUUCUCGGCCUUAUUUACCACCCGAUGUCUAUGAUCGCUUUCAUCGUCGUCUUCAUCGGAUGGAUCCUACUCUAUUUCUCGCGAGACUCGAACGAUUCGAUUGUGAUUUCGGGGAAAGAAGUAGAUGACCGGAUCGUGCUGGUUUUACUCAGCUUGGUAACGGUUUUGGCAUUGGUGUAUACAGAUGUGGGCGAAAACGUUCUGGUUUCGCUGAUCAUUGGUUUGCUCAUCGUCGGAGCUCACGCCGCUUUUCGUAAUACUGACGAUUUGUUUCUUGAUGAAGAAAGUGCCCGCCGUGGUGGACUGGUAUCCGCCGCUUCAGGAAACCGGCCACCGUCGAGUUAUACCCCAAUUUGAGUAAAACCGGUUUGGAGAGUUACUUGGGUGUUGAUUGAAGAAGCUAAGGGAAUCAAUUUAGGGCUUUGUAUUUUUGCAAUUCCCAAGAUUCUUGUAUUUUGUAUUUGGGCGUGUGUUUCUUCAUUUUGUUUGAAUGUGUAUACAACAAAUUCUGGGAAAAAAUUUGGUGUUAUAGAAUUGAUAUCGGCUUUGAUGGGUA